AUGAAAAUCGGCAAACACUCCAAGCGUGUGCCCGUUCGCUUGCGGCACAAGAUUGAAAAAGCCUCAGUUGCUAAGCAGCGGAAGGAAAGAAAAAAUGCAAAGAAGAACCCCGAGUGGCGGUCUAAAGUCAAGAAGGACCCGGGCAUUCCUAACCUGUUCCCCUUCAAGGACAAGCUGCUCCACGAGAUCGAAGAGAAGAAGCGACUGAAGGCCGAGCAACAAGAGCGUAUCAAAGAGGAGGCACGACUCCGCAAGCUCGAGGCCAGAAAGGCCCAGGGCGGCGGCGAUCAACAGGCGGCUGUUAUCGACGAGAAUGAUUUGCUGGAUGAGGAUAUGGAUGAAGGCGAUGAGUCGAACCCUAUGGCUGCCCUUCUUGCGUCUGCCCGAGCUCGUGCGACCGAAUACGAUGAAGAGCAUGAGAGCGAAGAUGACGAGAUGGAUGAGGAUGACGAUGAAAUGGACGAGGACGACGAUGGCGGCGUCACUUUCGACGACACGACUGCCCCCGAACUAGUUGGUGGCCAGAGCUCUAUCAAGGAGAGCUCACGGAGGGCCUUCGACAAAGUCUUCAAGAACGUCACCGAGGCCGCAGAUGUGGUCCUGUACGUUUUGGACGCCCGUGACCCUGAGGGAACCCGCUCGAAGGAGGUUGAGCACGAGAUCAUGACCGCAGCUGGUGGCUCAAAGCGCUUGAUCCUCAUCCUGAACAAGAUCGAUCUCGUCCCACCACCAGUGCUCAAGGCCUGGUUGGUGCACCUGCGCCGCUACUUCCCUACCCUUCCCCUCAAAGCUUCCAACGGUGCCCCCAAUGCGCACAGCUUCGACCACAAGCAAUUGACCGUCAAGGGUACUUCGGAGACCCUCUUCCGUGCCCUCAAGUCCUAUGCCAACACCAAGCAAUUGAAGCGGGCGAUCUCUGUCGGUGUCAUCGGAUACCCCAACGUCGGCAAGUCUUCCGUGAUCAACGCUCUGACUGCUCGCCUAAACAAGGGCUCCAGCAACGCCUGCCCAACAGGUGCGGAAGCCGGAGUGACCACCAACCUGCGCGAGGUGAAGAUCGAUAAUAAGCUCAAGCUCAUCGACUCUCCUGGAAUUGUUUUCCCCAGUCAACACGGUAAGACCGGCAAGAAGUCCAAGGAGAACGAGCAGGCCCGUCUCAUCCUGCUGAAUGCUAUUCCACCAAAGCACAUCGAGGACCCUAUCCCUGCGGUACACCUGCUAGUGAAACGUCUCUCAGCGUCCGAGAACCUGAUCCAAAAGAUGCUUGACGUAUACGGCAUCACCUCUCUAUUCCCUACCAACGGUGACAAGACCACAGACUUCUUGAUCCAGGUCGCGCGCAAGCGCGGCCGUCUUGGAAGGGGCGGCGUGCCCAAUCUGGAGAGCGCCGCUAUGACUGUGAUUAAUGACUGGAGAGACGGCCGCAUCCAAGGCUGGGCCACCGCCCCAGUCCUUCCUGUUAUCAGCACAGCCGAGGCUGCCACGGCCACUGCCGCCGCUCCUGGCGUGGAUACUGCCCAUGUUGUUACUGAGUGGGCAAAGGAGUUCUCCAUCGAGGGCUUGUGGGGUAAUGGAGAAGGAGACGACGAGGAGAUGGCGGAGUAG